AUAAUUUAAUGGGGGCAGAGACGGCAGCGAGGGGGAGAGCGAGAGCGAGCGAGGGGGGGCAGAGAGAGAGAGGAGAGGGAGAAACAGCCCCGUCCGGGGACUGGCGCUCACACGCACACAGACGCGCACACACCUCUCCCUGUGCCACCCAGCAACCACCGGCCUCGCCACAACAACAGCAGCCACGGCCGCCCUCUAGCCCGCCCGGGGACCGAGCCGAGAGCCGGGGCGACUCCCGAGGACGCUUCCCACCCCGCUCUCGCAUUUUGGGAAACUCCUCCUCAGUUUUGUUGGGGUUCCUGCGUUUCUUCCCCCCGCCCCCCCCCCCAAGUCCCAGUGCCAUUGUGGUGCUCCUUGUUUACCUCGGACUCUGGCCGAGUGAGAGCGUGGCGACUUUUUUGGGGGGGAGGAGGGGGCGGGGAGUGUGUCGCUGCUGAGGCGGUGGAGGUGGCUGGGGGUGCCUUCUAAUUCCUUCCCCUCUCUCCUGCCCCCCCCCCCAAACCCUCUCUCUCUCUCUCUCCCCUGCACUCACUCGGCUCCCCAGACGCUCGCAGCCCCGCGUCCAUGGGCAGGGAGAGGGUCCUCGGGGCUGUCGUCAGCGAGGGCCGAAUCAAAAGUGGCGUUUUAGUGCCUUUCCGGGCUUUUUUCGCGAGCUCCUGCCCCCCACCCUCGCUGUCCCCCGGUAGAUGCCCCCGGUGAGGGUGCGAGGCGGUGGGAAGAAAGUUUAAGGUUUGUUCCUAUCAGUCGCAAUUGCUGGGGAGGGCGGCGGGGGCGAGGGGAGGGGAGGCGCGGUGGCCUCCCCCUCGCCGCGUUCUCCGGGGUCAGCGGGGAACGGGCUUGCGAGUGACAGCCCGAGUGGACUUUGUGGCCUCGCACCGCGAACCCUGCGCGAGCCGAGGGAAGGGGCACCGCGAGGGGACCUCCUUCCCCUUCCCGGAGACCUGGUCCGCAGUGAAUUUUUCCUCCUCUUUUUAAAAGAAUCCUCAGCCGCCAACCUCGCCUCCCCAGCUCCACCACAGUGCGCAGGGUUUGCUUUGUUUUUACGAUUCUUCCCCCCAACGAAUCACUUGUCAGAUCAAUUUUAUCUUCGCCCUCCUCCCUACUUCCCACUCUCCCCUCCUCCCCCUUCGAAAACCCCGUUCUCUGAGGUUAGACAUUUUACAAACCAUAUAUGUUGUUUUUCGAAUUGUGAUUUUUUUUUUUUAACACUCUCCCCCUCCACCCCCCAUGGCUACUCUUCUAGGCCUUUAUUUCUGCCCUUCCCCCGCUUAGGGGGGCGGGGGUAGGGGAAGAGAAAAUAAUACAAUUUCAGGGGAAGUCGCCUUCAGGUCUGCUGUUUUUUUUUUUUUAAUUAAAAAAAAAAAAAAAAAAAAAAGGACAGAAAACAUCAGUCUUGAACUUCUCUUCAAGAACCCGGGCUGCAAAGGAAAUCUCCUUUGUUUUUGUUAUUUAUAUGCUGUCAAGUUUUGAAGUGGUGAUCUUUAGAGAGUAACUGAGUAUGGAUCAUUUGAACGAGGCAACUCAGGGGAAAGAACAUUCAGAAAUGUCUAACAAUGUGAGCGAUACGAAGGGUCCACCAGCCAAGAUUGCCCGCCUGGAGCAGAACGGGAGCCCACUGGGAAGAGGAAGGCUUGGGAGUACAGGUGGAAAAAUGCAGGGAGUGCCUUUAAAACACUCGGGCCAUCUGAUGAAAACCAACCUUAGGAAAGGAACCAUGCUACCGGUGUUUUGCGUGGUGGAACAUUAUGAAAACGCCAUUGAAUACGAUUGCAAGGAGGAGCAUGCGGAAUUUGUGUUGGUGAGAAAGGACAUGCUUUUCAACCAGCUGAUAGAAAUGGCACUGCUGUCUCUGGGUUACUCGCACAGCUCUGCUGCCCAGGCCAAAGGGCUAAUCCAGGUUGGAAAGUGGAAUCCAGUUCCACUGUCUUAUGUGACAGAUGCCCCUGAUGCUACGGUAGCGGAUAUGCUUCAAGAUGUGUAUCAUGUGGUCACGUUGAAAAUUCAGUUACACAGUUGCCCCAAACUCGAAGACUUGCCUCCUGAACAAUGGUCGCACACCACAGUGAGGAAUGCUCUGAAGGACCUCCUGAAAGAUAUGAAUCAGAGUUCGCUGGCCAAGGAGUGCCCCCUUUCACAGAGUAUGAUUUCUUCCAUUGUGAACAGCACUUACUAUGCAAAUGUCUCGGCAGCAAAAUGUCAAGAAUUUGGAAGGUGGUACAAACAUUUCAAGAAGACAAAAGAUAUGAUGGUCGAAAUGGAUAGUCUUUCUGAACUCUCCCAGCAAGGUGCCAACCAUGUCAACUUCGGCCAGCAGCCGGUCCCAGGGAACACGGCCGAGCAGCCUCCAUCCCCUGCGCAGCUCUCCCACGGCGGCCAGCCUUCUGUCCGGACCCCUCUUCCGAAUCUGCAUCCUGGGCUUGUGUCAACGCCCAUCAGUCCUCAAUUGGUCAACCAGCAGCUGGUGAUGGCUCAGCUGCUGAACCAGCAGUAUGCAGUGAAUAGACUUUUAGCCCAGCAGUCCUUAAACCAACAAUACUUGAACCACCCUCCCCCUGUCAGUAGAUCUAUGAAUAAGCCUUUGGAGCAACAGGUUUCAACCAACACAGAGGUGUCUUCCGAAAUCUACCAGUGGGUACGCGAUGAACUGAAACGAGCAGGAAUCUCCCAGGCAGUAUUUGCACGUGUGGCUUUUAACAGAACUCAGGGCUUGCUUUCAGAAAUUCUCCGAAAGGAAGAGGACCCCAAGACUGCAUCCCAGUCUUUGCUGGUAAAUCUUCGGGCUAUGCAGAAUUUCUUGCAGUUACCAGAAGCUGAAAGAGAUCGAAUUUACCAGGAUGAAAGGGAAAGGAGCUUGAAUGCAGCCUCGGCCAUGGGUCCUGCCCCCCUGAUAAGCACACCGCCCAGCCGCCCUCCCCAGGUGAAAACAGCUACUAUUGCCACUGAGAGGAAUGGGAAGCCAGAGAACAAUACCAUGAACAUUAAUGCUUCCAUUUAUGAUGAGAUUCAGCAGGAAAUGAAGCGCGCUAAAGUGUCCCAAGCACUGUUUGCGAAGGUCGCAGCAACCAAGAGCCAGGGGUGGCUGUGUGAGCUGUUACGCUGGAAAGAAGAUCCUUCUCCAGAAAACAGGACCCUGUGGGAGAACCUCUCCAUGAUCCGAAGGUUCCUCAGUCUUCCCCAGCAAGAACGCGAUGCCAUAUAUGAACAGGAGAGCAACGCGGUACAUCACCAUGGCGACAGGCCGCCCCACAUCAUCCACGUUCCAGCAGAGCAGAUUCAGAGCCCCUCUCCCACCACCCUUGGGAAAGGAGAGUCUAGAGGCGUUUUCUUGCCAGGCCUGCUGACCCCUGCACCGUGGCUCAGUGCUGCUCCUCAGCAGCUGCAGCCGCAGCCCCAGCACGACACCCGCCAGAAGACGCGGCCGCGCACAAAGAUCUCCGUGGAGGCCCUGGGGAUCCUCCAGAGUUUCAUCCAAGACGUCGGCCUGUACCCGGACGAGGAGGCCAUCCAGACUCUGUCCGCCCAGCUGGACCUGCCCAAGUUCACCAUCAUCAAGUUCUUUCAGAACCAGCGGUACUAUCUCAAGCACCACGGCAAACUGAAGGACAACUCCGGCCUGGAGGUGGACGUGGCCGAAUACAAAGAGGAGGAGCUGCUUAAGGAUUUAGAAGAGGGUGUGCAAGACAAAAACGCUAACACCCUUUUCUCGGUGAAGCUGGAGGACGAGCUGGCGGUGGAAGGGAACACAGACAUUAACGCCGACUUGAAAGACUGAGACAUCAAGUAUUAUUUUCAUUCAACAGUGCCACUGGUAUUUACUAACACAAUGAAAAUCCACCUGUAUGCGCUCAGAAACCUUUGUUGUUCAUGGUUUGGCCAAUGAAUCUUCAGAAACUUGCACAAACAGGAAAGUUGAGAAGGGAUAAUGCAGACUGCACUAAAUGUUUUACUCUGAUUUACAAACUGCUCGGCAGCCCCAGGUGAAGCAUUGAGGAUUGUUUGGUAUUAAAAGUUCAGAUUUGUGUUCUCGGGAACGCACCGAGGUGUGUACCCCCGUCAGCAUGAUACCAGUGAUUUUUUUAAAAAAAAAUUAUUAUUAUUCUGGAGCCUCAAACAAGCAUUAUAACUUCUGUGAUUAUGAUUUCCUUCCUUUCAUUAUUUCUGUAACACUCCACACUGAUCUUUGGAAACUCGCCCCUUAUUUUAAAAGAAAAAAAAAAGAGUUUGUUACUCUAUUGUAUGUUACAAAAGAACUAUAGACUGUGGAAUGCAGUUUAAAGAUGACAUAUGCCAACAAAUGCCUUGUAUUAUAUGGCACUGCCGUAAUUCAAAUUUGUUUUUAUUUUGGAAAUAAAAGUUCACUGUAAUUUUUUUUUCAUUCUCAUUGUUACAUGAUUUUUUUUUAAUGAAAAGAAAAUGUGAAACACAGUUUAGUCCUCAUUAUUUAUUUGUAGAUCCUGCAGCAUCAUGUUGUAAUUAAUUUUUUGGAAGUUUCCGUUAAAUGUAAUAUUGCUUCUCUUGUUACCAUACUGAUUCUUUUCUAUUUAUAAAUGUAUUUUGAUGGGCAGUAAAACAAAGUGUCUUAAAAGUUUUAAAUAGAGAAAAUGUGCUUUACACAGUUGCCUAUAAAAAGUGCUCUAUGUUAUCCAAGCAAUUCAUACUAUAAGCUUCACUCUUAUUGUUGUAUGCAAUUUUUACUAUCAUGCAAAUAAGCUUAGGUAAAUAAAACUAAUAGAUCACCUUAGAAAAUUAUGCAAUUAAUGUGAAAAUAAUUGAUGUUUGCAAUGUGUCUUCCUUUGGUUUACAAUCAAUUUUAAAGCUACAUCUGUAUAAAAUUUCUGUAUAAAGGUGUAUUUCUUUUUUAUGAGUUUAUGGCUAUGAAAACACCAGCUAUUUUGUUACAGCUGGCUGUUUUUAUAAGUGUAUCACAAUUUUCUUUAUGCAGAAAUAUUCUGAUUAGGAAGUGGUUAUUGACUGUAACUACACAAUUAAAAUUGUUUGUAUGGUAUGACAUGGUAGGGUUUGUCUGCUUAUGUGGAGUAACUAUCCAGAGUCAAAGGUGGUCCUCUCGGUUAGGUGCAUGUUCAUACUUUCUUGAUGAUAUUUUACUGAUUCUUAAAAGAGCAAUUGAAAAGAAAAGUCACUCGAAAUGCUGUAAAUUUAGAUCACAAACACAUGCUCCUUUUUAAAGUUUAACUAUGAAGAUCAUAACCUGUUUGGGGUUAACAUUUUGCUUAAUAAACAGAUAGCAGGAUGGUCUAAAGACUCACUGGCAAAAACAUAAUUCCAGCCUCUAGCAGUUAUGUGCUUAGAAAGUGGAUUCAUCUGCAUUUAUUCCACAGUACUUUACUUAUGGCAACGCUUUUUUUUAAGCUAAUGUACACAUAUUUUUAAAGGCCAUUAAUAACAAAAUAAGUAAGGAAAAGGGGACCUUUUGUAUAAAUAUUCCUUAAUAAGCAACGUAUUUUUUAAAAGUUAUAAAUGGAAUAUACAUUAACUCGGUUCAUGCAGAAAAUAUGAAUAACACACCUGGAAUUUAAACACAAUUUUCAAGAUACAAAAUUAGGGUGUGCUAAUGGUCAUGGGAAGGUUGGAGGCCAGUGUUGCAGUUUUUGAUUAUUUUCUUUUUCUAUUCACUUUAUAUCUUGCUUCCUUUUUUUAAGGUUUCCUCGAUGUUAAUAGGGGGUAUCCGAAUUCCUUCAAACUUGGUUCUGAAAUGGCCCAUUCUUUUCCUGCCAGUGCCCUAGGCCAUGAUAAGCUCAUUGGUAGUCAACUGGGUUGCUUUAGUGUUGAGCUUUUACUUAGGAUACUGAAAUGGGAUCAUUGAAAACUCCGAAUUCAGUUUUCAAAAGUACUAUUUACUUUUAAAGCACAGCUGAACUACUAUGAAGGCAGCUGGUUUGCUGCAGACUUAAAAUUGAUUGAAAAGUUUUCAGAUCUUUUAUUAAGUGAGGAAACUUAAACAUUCUUGCUCCCUAGAGUUUAGGAAAUAAUUUGAGCAAAAGGAAUUUGAAUUAGAAUAGACAUAAGAUUUCAUGUAUUAAAAAUAAGACAAAUAGACACUAGUAUACUAUGAAGUUUUUAAGAAAGCUCUAUCUUCCUCUUUUUUCAUAUGUUAAAAUUUAGAACAGAGAGACUUUUUUUUUUUUAACCAGCCCAACAUUUAACAGAUGUCAGAGGUAUGAAAUUUAAUUUUGGGAGGGAAAGGAGAAAUUGGAUUGCAAAUAUGAUUUUCCCAUUCCCAAUAAUCUAACUUAUGCAAUAACUUUCUCAAGGAAUUGAUGAGUGUGUGUAAGAAAUCAACAAUACUAACAAAAUUCUUAGGCCCUUUAAUCUUGGCAGCCCUAAUUCUGCUAAUAGGACAUUUUAAUACCCUCCCCACCCCCCAAAAAUAGCACAUGUCAGUAAACAAUUAUGGUCAUGAUGGAGUGAGUACAAUUGUUUUCAGGAAAGAUGGCAUGACUUGGAAAAGAUCUGUCUGGGUGAUCUUCCACAUUGCUCCCCCAAUGCCACCUAUCGCUCGCUCACACCAGUCCUAUUGCUGGCGGCUAUGGUACAAUUCCUUGAACAAGCUUCAUCGUGUCCAAGUUUAUCAGAGACUUUAAAAGCGGGGCAUGACAUAGCGCUUCGUGCUGUGAAGACCUUAGCAGAGUCAGGUAGUUUACGGGUAAUAUUCAACCUUGCGCAUCUGAAUCUGUCAUGGAUUCCUCCCCUCAGCACUUUGCCACUAAUUUGUAUUACACUCUGUGGCCAUAUAAUACUUGCACAUUAUGCAAAAAAUAAUGUUGAUAGUAUCUCCUUGGCACAAAAUAUGCAGAGUUGACACGUAACCUUUGACAACCAAGGUAACUAAUAUGUAUGCGUGCCCUAGUUGUGUGGCACUUGGUUACAAAGUCUGUUCAUACUAUGUAUAAAGUGUGUAUAGAUUAACAUUUAGCCCCAAUGAAUUCUGAGCUUAAAAGAAGUGUGUCUUUUUAUAAGUAGUGCUAUCUCUAUCUAUGUUUAUCUAAAAUAUAUAGCUUGAGUAGAAAACAUUUUUAAAUGGUUCCAGAUUGAGUAAAAAUGACAAUCCCAUACAUUCCAUUAUGAAAGUCUGCCCUAUUCCCUAUUGUUAUCAUCAGCCAAUUUUAAGUCCUUGAAUGUCACAAUGUUAUCAAUAAAUGAGCUGUUCUGAACUGCCUGGUGAUAUUUUCAAAGAGAGCAAUUAAAAUGUAUAAACCCUAUUAAAUAACCUAUAGAGAAAGGACUACUAUGUUAAAACAAGCCAGCAAUUUGCAUGGUAGGUGGAAAUCAAUGGAGGUCCAAAAACAUUAAUCAUAUCUAAAAUAUCAGAAGAUAUUGAUGCUAUAGUUUACCUUACAAAUAAAUAUUUUUUACUGUUGAAGGGGGUGUAUUAUGGAUUUGGUGUUUCUUCUGGGGCAAUCCUUUUCAUGUAAAUACUAUUUGCAUGUUUUUUGACAAAGGCUAAGCUACAAUCUAUUAACACACGUUUUUGAUGAAAAUAUACAGUGCCCUUAUUUAAAAAAUGUGGUGGAAGGUGUAUGUCCAGAAUACGAUCCCUGUUUCUGAUACCAAAUGUUAAAUAAAUAGUUUGGAAUUACUGUUUAAAA